AUGAACACUAAGCAAAAGGAAGCUGUUUCAACGGAUGCCCAAGCAAAGAGACGGAGCUCUAAGAUGCCGAAAGAGGCUCGAUCCUACUGUCCUCAACAUCUAGAGUACGCUAACUCACUCUCCCAAGACCAUUUUCAGCAACCACCCCGGUGUCGGCAAGCACAGAGUCAAGCAACCACACGAUCCUCUUGUGUUACUACCUCCUCCAAUUGCAAUGUUUUCGAAAAACUUACCCGAGACCAUCCGCAAACAAGCCAAGACGACAGCCAGAACUCUAAACUAGCAACACUAGCCAAGGAACUGAGAACAUGCCGAAGGAGACUUACCGGAGGUGGAGGCGGAGCUCUUCACCGCCACCCCACGAAGAUCCUCGACGAGUCAGAACAACCCUCAAAGCCGAAGCCUGAUCAUGCCCCAACUAGAAACCAGUCCACCCACACUAAGAAAAAACCUCCACGCAGCAACUCUAAGCAAACAGAAAAACACACUCAAUUGAACUGCUGA